AGAUGGCCGCUGAGCCGGGCACCACCGCGGUGAGGGAGCAGCACAGGUUUGACCAGGGAGCCCUGGAGAAAUACCUCUCCCGCCGUUUGGCCGGGUUUCCUGUGCAGCCCCCGGAAGCGCUAACCGCCAGGCAGUACAGGUAACCCCGCAGGGGGGUCUCCCCGCUCCUGUGCUGCGGCUGCCUCCCGCCUCCCCCCCCCAUUCCUCUCCCGGGACCACACGCUCCAAAUCCCCGCGGUCGCUGCGGGCCGGACGCCGGGGCGGCGAGUCAUGGCGGGCACGGCCACUGUGUGACGCCAGCUAUCAUUUAGGUGUUGGUGCAGAGUGAAUCUUAAGGAGGGACUUGAAUGAGGAGAAGACAGUGGAUCAAUCCAGGGCAUUGAAGCUCAGGCCAGUCCAAUCCAACCUUUUACUUGCAGAAGGGUUCUAGGGCAUAUGUGCUUAGGAAGAAGCCUCAUGGCCCUCUUCUGCCUAGAGCUCACAAGGUUGAUAGAGAAUAUCAUGUGCAGAAAGCGUUAUUUUCAGCUGGAUUUCCAGUCCCUGAGCCCCUACUGUAUUGCAGUGAUGUUUCUGUGAUUGGAACUGAAUUUUAUGUGAUGGAACAUGUACAGGGUCGUGUAUUCCGAGACCUCUCACUACCUGAAGUCAGUCCAGCGGAGCGAUCUGCUUUAUAUGUUGCUAUGAUAGAAACCCUGGCCCGGUUGCACUCAUUCAGUUUGCAUUCAUUGGGUCUCCAAGGAUAUGGCAGAGGACCAGGAUACUGUAGGAGGCAGGUUACAACUUGGAAAAAACAGUAUGAUGCAUCUGCUCACUUAGACAUUCCUGCUAUGAACCAGCUGGCUGAGUGGUUAAUGAACAACUUGCCAGCUGGUGAUAAUGAAGAAAAUCUGAUUCAUGGAGAUUUUAGAAUAGAUAACAUCAUUUUCCAUCCAAGAGAGGCUCGUGUUGUGGCAGUCCUGGACUGGGAACUUUCAACCACUGGGCAUCCUUUAGCAGAUUUAGCUUAUACCGCUGCAUUUUACUUCUGGCCUAACACAAUUAAACAGUUAGGCCAUGGGGGUACCUUGAGCUUUAGAGAUACUGUAGGAAUUCCAUCACUUGAAGAAUUGAUUUCAGUUUACUGCCGCUGCAGGGGUAUUAGCGCAGAUCUUUCGAACUUGAAUUUCUUUCUUGCUCUUUCAUAUUUUAAAAUAGCUGGAAUAUGCCAGGGUGUAUAUGCUAGAUAUCUCCUUGGAAAUUCUUCUGCAGAGAAUAGUUAUGAGUUCGCUGAGAUGGUGAAACCCUUGGCAGAAACUGGAUUACUGCUCUCAAAAAGAACUUCUUUCACUGGUGAUGCACAACCCAGUGAUACAGGAGAGCUGUUCCAGCAGACUAAAAAAGGCCAGGAGGUUCUGCUGAAGGUGAAGAGGUUCAUGAAGCAGCAUGUGUUUCCAGCUGAAAAGGAAGUGGUUGAGUACUAUGUCAAAGAUGAAAAUUCACUGGACAGAUGGAAGAAACCUUCAGUGAUUGUGAAACUGAAGGAAAUGGCCAAAGCAGAGGGUCUGUGGAACCUUUUCCUGCCAGCCAUCAGUGGUCUCAGUCAGGUUGACUAUGCAUUAAUUGCAGAGGAGACAGGAAAAUGCUUCUUUGCCCCAGAAAUUUUCAAUUGUCAUGCACCAGAUACUGGAAACAUGGAGGUCCUGCAUUUGUAUGGGUCUGAAGAGCAAAAGAAACAGUGGCUUGAGCCUCUCCUUCAAGGGAAAAUUAGUUCUUGCUUCUGCAUGACAGAGCCUGAUGUCGCUUCGAGUGAUGCCACCAACAUGGAAUGCAGCAUUUGGCGAGAUGGAGAUAGCUACGUAAUCAAUGGCAGGAAAUGGUGGAUCAGUGGGGCGGGGAAUACAAAUUGCAAAGUCGCAAUUGUGAUGGCCAAAAAUAAAAAUACUUCUGCAUCCAGGAACAGACAGCACAGUAUGAUCAUAGUUCCACUGGACAUACCAGGCUUGAAGCUUAUAAGACCUCUUUCCGUGUUUGGCUACCUGGAUCAGCCCCACGGUGGACAUUUUGAAAUACAUUUUAAUGAAGUGCGAGUACCUGCCUCCAAUUUAAUACUAGGUGAAGGAAGGGGUUUUGAGAUCGCUCAAGGUCGGCUUGGGCCAGGCCGCAUUCACCACUGCAUGAGAUCAAUAGGUGUGGCUGAAUCGGCUCUACAGAUAAUGUGUGAGCGUGCAGCUCAGAGGGUGACCUUUGGGAAGAAACUGUACCAGCAUGAGGUUGUUGCCCAUUGGAUUGCUGAAAGCCGCAUUGCUAUUGAGCAGGCCCGAUUGCUUACACUGAAGGCAGCUAGCAGCAUUGAUACUAAGGGCAGUGCACAAGCAAGGAAAGAGAUAGCUAUGAUCAAGGUGGUUGCACCUAGAGCUGUCCUUAAAGUGGUGGACUAUGCAAUCCAAGUUUGUGGAGGAGCUGGAGUUUCUCAGGAUUUUCCUUUGGCUCGUAUGUUUGCCUUUAUUCGGACCCUCCGAAUAGCUGAUGGGCCUGAUGAAGUUCACCUCUCAGCAAUUGCAAAACUGGAACUACAGGACCAAGCCAAGCAACUGACCUCAAAAAUGUAAUAAAGUUUAGUCUAAUCAUACAAUAGCAUUGCUUCAGUUUUAAAAGGAACCAGGUUUUUAAACACUUCUGAAUGAUUUAAAAGUUUGAACUAAAGUUACCUAUAUUGUUUUCUACAUUCUACAGUGAUAAGUUUAAUCGUACAAAGGUAACUUGGAUUUGUUUUACUUAAAGGUACCAGUGUCCUAAGCUGCUAAAUAACAGUUAACCUUUCAGGGCACUAGCCUGAAGAUUACUUUAUCAAGCCCUUAGUUCUUAUGUCACAGAUGUUCUCUCAAUCAAGACCUCUGUGAUGCUGCCUGUAGAAUGUUAGUUUAUUUUCUGAAAUAAAAUAAUAAACUUGUUUUAUUGUUUAAUCAGAACUAAUCUAGUGUUGUGAACUGUGUGGGCAAUUUCACUGAAAGUGGCAAAUUGUUGUAUAUUGACCCAUUAGAAGGGCAAUAUACCUAAUAUAGCUGGACUGUGCAGGAGAGGGCUUGACAGUGCAGAGCAGACAUGUUUUAGGAAAAUCUGGGAGCGGGUUGGGGUAACUCUGCAUGUGGUAACCAAGGCUGGUGGAAGCCACAGCAUGACUGGUAUGUACUGGCAGGUUGCAGAGCUGCUGAACCAGGGCUGUAACUCUAGAUAGAAAAUAAACUAACAUUCUACAGGCAGCAUCAUAGAGGUCUUGAUUGAGAGAACAUCUGUGACAUAAGAACUAAGGGCUUGAUAAAGUAUGACCAACUUGGGUCAUUCACAAACAGCCUGCCAGCAAUCAGAUCACAUCUGGAGUUCUGUCUGCAUCCAGCUAAAGCAUGUAGUUUACUGUUUGAGAUUUUAAAAGUGUCACUAAUGCAUAAGUCUGAAUAAAAGAUCUCUCCCCCAACA